UUAUUAAUUGUACUUCGCAGUAACUAUAGUAGUGUACUGUGUAGUAUACUAGUAUAUUAUUAUUAUUAAUAGGUACACCUAUACAUUUUUAUAAUUACCAAAUAUUAUUCUAUAGAAAUUAAGUGUUUCCAAAGAUUCAAAAUGCCUUUCGAGUCGUACCGAAAACGAAUCGACUCUCGGAGUUAAUGAUUUAUAAUUAUUUCGUAGGAUCUUAAGUUUGCAUUUUUAUCUUGGUUCUAAGAUAUAUCUAAUAAUCUAAUAAUUGAUUGCAUUAUUGUUGACGAGAAAAUAAGUACACUGUACGAUUAUUUACGAAAAAUAAAUAUACUGGAAUGGAUUCAAUCACAUCAGCACUUGCAAAUCUUGCUGCUGAUAAAGGCGGUAUUUAUGGAAGUCUAGUUUAUAUACGUUCAGAGAUGGCAAAAAAAAAUGGAGGAUUAAAAGAAUUUCGAGAAUAUGGUGGUAUCAAAAUAUUGAGUAGACUAUUACAACAAGUUAACCCGAAAAUAACAUCAUUAGUUCUAAGCAUUCUUGGAGACUACAGUAUGAAUGCAGAAUGUCGUGAAGAAUUACUUAAUUAUGGUAUUCUAAAAGACCUUAGUUUCAUAAUGAAAAAUAUAAAUGUUGAUUCAAUUCACUAUCGCAUAUUUAGGUUGAUCGCCAAUCUAGCUAAAUCUGAAGCCCAUAUUUCGACUAUGUACAAACAUAAUAUUCAUAGUAUAACUAUACAAAUAUUAUCAAAUACUGAUAGUGAUAUUACAAGAUACACAGCAAUUCGAGCUCUUAGAAAAAUGUGGGAAAAUUCAUCAAAAAUUGGUUGUUCAGAAAUGUUAAAGUUACAAGCUGUUAAAAUAAUCUCUGAUUCUUUAAAAUCAGAAUGUAAAGAAAUAGUUAUGGCUGUUCUACGAGCCCAAACUGCAAUUUUAUACCGUGUUUUAGAGUUGAAACAUGCAAAAAAUAGCUUAGACACUGUUGUACAGAUUUUAGGAAAUAGUGAACAAAAAAGUAUUGAUAACAUAUGUAUUCUAAUGCGUUUAUUACCUGAACGUCCAUUAGUUUCCAAAAUAAUUUAUGCUAUGUGUAAAAUUCGUGAUGCUUUAGGAUAUUUACAUCAAUCUCGUUUGAUCGUGCAAAUUUCUGAAAUUUUAAAAAAAGAAGAUAACCAUUAUUUAACUUUAUCAAUGUGCCUUUUAUUGCAAUGUCCACUCAAUCGUAUUAGAUUUGUUAGUAUAGAAGACUGGCAAAGCCUAUUUUUGGGCUUAAUUACCAGUACAAAUCAUACCUAUAUUGAUAUAGCAAUUAAUACUUUACCACAUUUCCAAUAUUGCACAGUUACAAUAAAAAAAAUGGUAGAAAAGGGUUUGAUUCCCAUGUUAAUCAAGCUUUUAUCUUUGUAUGUAAAAACAAAUAAAAUGCCUCAUAUGUGUCCAUUGGAAAUGAAAGCUAAAUCAUUAGAUUCUUCAAUAUUUGUUAGCUGUGCCUCUCCAACAACUACAUAUGAUCAUGAUGCAAGUCCUAUUUGGACACCACCUAAAGAUGAUAAUAUAACUACAGACUCGCAUUCUCCAUAUUAUUCACCAGUUUGUGAAUCAUUUGAUAUUGAGUCUGUAAAUGCAGACGAUUCAAAAUCUGAUGUCAGUGACUUUGAAGAAAAGGAUGAUGAAAUUGUAGAACAUUCAUCUCUAGAAGAAAUAACAGUCUGUAAAAUUAUACAGUUCCUAACACAUGUAAUGUACAUAGAAAAAGUUGUAUUAUUAAUGGUUGAUAAAUACGUAUGGGAAACAAUUUUAGAUUACAUGCAAUAUAUUGAACAUGGGCAUAACAAUUCAAAUGCAUUAAAGAUAUUAGAAUUCAUUACUCGCGAAGUGCUGAACUUAAAUAGCAUUCUCACUGAUGAAUUAAUUCUGACAACACAUCGAAGACUUUGUAGACCUAUUCAUGAACUUGAGUCUUGCAACUAUUGUAUGAUUCGAAACAAAUUGGGUAUGAGAAUCAUCAAAAAUGCUCAAUCAUUUUCAUCAAAAUUUGGAGAAGGUAUGAUGACUGGUAUAAUGGAUGAACCAGACACACCAGAUACUAAACUAAAACUCAAAAUAUUAGUAUCUGUUCAUGUACCCAUUGUCAUUCAAAGCGAUCCCAAACUAUUGAUUCUACUAUUAUCUCGUUACAAAGUAUAUUGCAUAUUGUGUAAUAUAAUUAAAGAUGACCAGAAUCCAUCAUUUGAUGAUGCUAUUGGAGCUUUAAUAGCUUUAUUUGAUAAAGUAAAAAUUACUUUUAAAAAAUCAGGAAUACAAUAUUGUGAAACCCGAGAUUGUCAUAAAAGUAUUGUUCAAAAAGAAACUACUGUCACAUUGCAAUUGGACGAUGGCACAUUAAUAAAUGCAAAUAAAUCCUUAUUAUCGUUGAAAUCUCCAAUGUUUGAAGCAAUGUUUCGAUCUGGUGGUUUUAAGGAAGCAUAUCAAAAUACUAUACGAUUAAAUGAUGUAAGUUCUGAUUGUAUCAAAUCAUUUUUACUUUUACUUGAAGUAUAUUGUGAUUGUCUUUUGCCUGAAAAUAUCAAUGUCCUCUUAGAAUUAAUAACAAUCACAGAUCAAUACAUGUUAAAUGAAUUAUCUGAAAAACUUAUUUUGUUUAUGAUAAAUUCUAUUUCGGUAGAUAAUUGUGAUAUAAUUUAUGGAUGGGCAAAAGAUUUUGGUCAUCAGUUAAAACUCGGGGCUAGCGUGGAUUUAGAUGUUAUCAAAUAUUUGUUUUCUUCAAAUUCAAGAUUCCCUGACCGUGUUAAAACUAUCAAAAAAAUCAGUAGAAGUAGUUAUGGACAACUUUUCAUUGAAGAUUUAACAACUUUAAUAAAAAGUGGAUUGUCAAGUAUAAUAACUUUUGAUGAUAAAAUAUCAUUAUUUUAUUUAAACAAAUUGCAGAGCGGGUUAGAUUAAUUCAGUAAUAGGUAUAAAUAGGAAAAUAGGAUAUAAUCUGUUAGUAAUUUAAAAUUAUGUGAUUAUGAAAUUUCAACUUCUCGGCCCCAUAAAUUAAUAUAAUUAGUGGGAUACUACCUAUUAAAUAUAUAUAU